AUGCCAUCUCGUCCGUUCUGGUGUCAUCAGUGCGCCACGGUGCGCUCGUUAACAGCUCCUUCCAACGACGCAGAAGCAGCGGAGGUCAUCUGCGCGUGGUGCGGCGGCGGAUUCGUGGAGGAGUUGACAGCUGGCAGCGACAUCGACGGCGGGGAGCACGGCCGCCACCACAGAUGGAGCCACCGCGGAUCCGACCACGCGCGCGCUGCUGCUGCUGGCGCGCCCGUGAUUGACCUAACAGAGGAGUACACUGGCAACGCGCAUGCCGGUGCGUCGAGCGGGUUCGCGAGGGAGGCGCGUGAGAGCGCGUUCGCGUGGGACGGCGAGAGCGCGGGCGAUGCGGAUGUCAGCGCAGGCGAGACGGCCGGGGUCGCCGCCGGCGCGUCGCUCCGCCCCGAGCGGCCCUUCCGCGGAUUCGUCCGCCGGCGGCACGUCGGCGUGGGUGCUGACGUCAGGUCCCCAGGCCCGUCUGCCGGCGAAGCAGCGUUUCGGGAGGCCAGCGGGUGGGGCGUGAGACCCGCCGACGAUGACGGCCGCGCUGCUGCUGCUGCCGGUGGUGGCGUUAGCCGUAGUGGCAGCGGUGGCGGCGGCGGCGGCGCUACCAAUGGUGGUCCAUCUGCGACCGCUGCUUCCGCGUCCGCUGCGGCUGGAGCGAGCGGCGAGGCGGAGGAGGGCCACGGCGCAGCGCGGAGGCUGGAGGGCGCGUAUCUGGGGCUGGCGAGGAUGCUGCGAGACAUGGAGGACCGCGUUGACCCCGAGCGACUCGCUGACGUGGCCGGCAGGGAAGCAACGCUCGGUGCUGCGUACGGCAGAGGGGGACUGGGGGGAAGGGCAGGGGGAGCGGCGUCGGCGCGGUUGCGGCGCCUGCUGGCGCGCCUCGAGUCGCUCAACGCCAUUGUUGGCGGGCAGCUGCUGGGCGGCGCCGCGGCGGGCGGCGCAGCGGGCGGCAUAGCGGGCGCGGUGGGGGAUUAUUUCUUCGGAGACGACUUCGACGGGCUCGUCGAGAGAAUCUCCGCCGACGACGCCGUCAGCACGCGCAACCCGCCCGCCUGCCCGGCGGCCGUCGAGGCGAUGCUGGUGCGCGUGGUGACCGCUGCUGACGUGGCGCAGCGGGAGGCGGCGGGCGAGGGCGAGCACGGGGAGGGCGGCGGGCUGAUGGACCCGUGCGCCAUCUGCAAGGACGACUACGACGCGGGCGCCGUCACGCGGCAAAUGCCGUGCCGCCACGUGUACCACUCCGAUUGCCUCCUGCCGUGGCUGCAGCGCCACAACACGUGCCCCGUCUGCCGCUUCGAACUGCCCACCGCGGAGGCGCAGGACGCGCAGCAGCAGGGGCAGGGGCGGGGGGCGGAAGGAGCAGGGGGGACCGGCUCUGGCGGGGGAGCGGAAGCUGGUGGGGGAGGCGAGGGGGAGCGCGGCGACGUUGAGUGGCACGAGAUGCAGUGGGAGGGCGGGGAGCGCGGCGGGGGGGAGUGGGGCGGCGGGGAGAGCAGGGACGGCGGCGGCGAUGGGUGGGACAGCACGGAAAGCGGGGAGAGGGGCCGCGGGGGGUGGAGCGGCGGAGUGAGCGGGGAGGAGGGGGGCGGCAGCGGGUGGGAGGGCGGGGAUAGCGAAAGGGAGAGCGUGGGGUUCCGGUGGGAGUGGACGGAGCGGGAGCGGGAGAGGGAGAGAGAGAGGGAGCGGGAGCGAGAGGAGUGGAGGGAGCGGGCGUGGGAGAGGUUGAGGGAGAGGGAGCGGGAAAGGGAGCGGGAGCGCGGGGGACUGGGAGUGCGGGGAGUGUUGGGGCAGUCAGCGGCGGCGCGCGCGCUCAACAGGAACAGCAUCGGCGCCCUGGUCUCCCUGGGCGCCUCCAGCAGCGCGCGGGGCUCCCUUCCGCGGGAGGCGGGGCGCGCGGGGAGAGGGGCGGAGUGGGAAGGGCGGACGCGGUGGGGAUGGGGGAUAGGAGGGGAUGCGGGUGGCAGUGGCGCGGGUGGCGGGUGGGGGAGGGGCGGGUUGGGAGGUGCGGGGUGGGGGCUGAGGGGAGGGCGCGAGAGGGGCGUGAGGGAGGAGAGGGAGUGGGAAAGGGAGAUGCGACGAGAGGUGAUCCGGAAUUGGGGGAGGGAGGGGGAGAGGGGGAGUGAGAGGGAUAGCGAGAGGGAAAGUGAGAGGGAGAGUGUGAGGGAGAGUGAGAGGGAGAGCGAGAGGGAGAGUGUGAGGGGGAGCGAGCGGGAGAGCGAGACAGAGAGGGAGCAGGGAAUUGACGUGCAGUGGUGGGGCGGGCAGGGCUGGUCUAGGGGCGGCCGUGUGGCGUCUUCCUCCGCCCUGCGCCACCACCGCCACGCCUCCCCUGCGCGCCCCGCUUCCUCUGCUCUCACCGCGCCAGAGGCUCCCGCGGGAGCAGCAGCCGCUACUGGUGGCAUGGCGCAGCGGACGCAGCAGCAGGCGCAGCAGGGGCGGGAGGGGCGGGAGGCGCAGCGAGUGAGUCCGCGGGCCGGUAGGCAAGCGGGGCGCGGGCUAUGGGGUGGCGCGGGGCAGGGGCAUGCAUGGGCGGACGCUACAGGGGGGACGGAGAGGCGAGCGGGCAGCAGAGGAGGCAUGGAGAGCAGCGUGAGUGAGUGGGGAAGGCCGUGGGAGGCGCAGCCGCAGAGCAGCGAGCAGGGCAGUGCGUGGUGGCGACAGGCCGGGGCAGAGGGCGCUGGUCACAGGUGGGCGGGCGGACGGAGUGGGGGCGGGGCGCAGGGGGCGCAGGGGGGAGAUGAGCAGGGGGAGGAGGAUGGGGUGUGGCAGGGAAUGCCAAAUGAGCAGAUGAGCGGAGGGGAGGGCGUGGCGGAGGGUGUGGAGAGUGGGCAGGAUGGGGAUGGAAGUACAAUGGGGCGAUGGAUGAGUGAGGGAGGUGGCAGUGGUGGGUGGGAGUGGGAAGCGGGCGGAAUGAGUGCGGGCCCGUGGGGUAUGGGAGGGGGGGAGGAGCAGAAUGAGGAGCAGGCGGAGGAGGGGGAGGAGGAGGAGAUUGAAGGAGAUGACGUGGAGAGGGAGUGGCAAGUGGAUGGGUCAGAUGGAGGAGAGGGGCAGGAGGAGUGGGAGGAGGGCGAGGGAGAUGAGGAGCAAGAGGAGGAGGAUGUGGAUGGGGAGGAAUGUGAAGGGUAUUAUGAUGAGGAGGAGGAGGAGGUGGAGGGGGAGGAGGAGAAGGAUGGGGAGGGAGAGGAGGAGGAGCAAGGGGAGCAGGAGGAUAAGGAGGAUGAGGAGGAUGACGAUGGCAAGGAGCAACUGUUUUUUGACAGCAGUGCGGACCAUGAGGUCAUGCUGACGUCACACUAUCAUCAUCAGCAGCUGCACUUGCCAUCCCCCUCGCCCCCCCUCUCCCCGCCUCCAGCCCAUGGCCGCCGUCCCUCCCCCCCCUCCCUCAGCCCUCGGCCCCCUCUCGCUGCAUCCCCCCCCCAUGCCUGGCACGCCCCCCCCCUCCCCUCGCUGCACACACACCUCUCCUCCUCCCCCCUGCGCUCCGCUCCUCCCCCGCGCCUGCCCUCCUCGCCCUCGUCCUUCUGUCCGCGCCCUCGACUCUCUCCCCGCUAUGCCUCUUUACGCACACAGCCCCACCGACCGCCCUCACCACUCUGA